AUGGCGCCCAAGAAAGCGGACAUGGACAGGGACGCCGACGACGACAGCAGUCGCGGUGGGUCUGCAGCGCCCGAAGGCGAGGAUGGCAAAAAGUCUUCCUCGACCCAGAUCCGCAAGGCGCAAAACCGCAUUGCCCAGCGCGAGUUCAGACUACGAAAGCAGCAAUACAUCCGUGACCUUGAAGCGCGCGUCGAGAUCCUCUCGGGCGACAAGGAGGAGCGUAUCGAGCUCAUGCUCCUCCUGGUCCGCAACCUCCUCAAGGAAAACAAGGACCUGCGCGCCAUGGUCAAGUCGAUGGCGUCGUUUCUCGGCGAGGGUCUUGGGUCCUGUCUCCCGCGCCUGGGCUUGAAUUCGGCGCAGCUCGACGCCAUGCUCAACCGCUCGGACACGGACACGGCCUACGAGGCGUUCAUCUCGCUCAAGGCCACCAAGGAGCUCGAAAAGACCAACCCGGGCAUCGACCUGCCUGGUGAGCUCCGGCCACGCCACGACUCGGGAUCCAACCCGGGAUCGAGUGCUGGUGCAGGCUCGCAGAUUGGUGUCCCCAAGCGCAAGCGUGACCACGACAGUCCCCCGCCCAUAGCCGACCUCGAGGAUAAGCGCCCACGCGCUGGGUCGCCGCAAACCUCACUCGAACAGGUCGGCGACUUUGGCACUUGGGACUUUUUAUUCCCCGACCCAGAGCUCUCAGCCGUCGCUGGACCAGGACCAUCGUCAGUGGGGCUGGAAGGCGGCAUGUUUGGUGCUCCUCGUCCAGACUUGCAGUUGGCGCAGCAGAUGAACGCCAACUCUGCCAGCUCUAGGCAGAAUGGCACGCCAGCCACGAAUUCCGGAAACGACGGCGAGGCGGCGACACCCGACGCCGACCGCCAACGCAGCCUCCGCCAGGCCGUUGCGCACAUGACGAACCGCCCGUCCGCAGGUCCCCGCUCCCCACUCAUUAUCACGGCUGCCAACAACAUGACGCCCCGCGAGGUGGAGGACCGCAAGCGGAUGCAGGAGGAGUUGCGGCAGAGCAUUGAGGUGUCGCAGGGUGAAGAGGCGGCCGAGCGCAAGACCGAGGCGCUCCAGCUGAUCACCUACCACAUGAACAACUUCCGCAUCAACCACGAGUACAACCUCCCACCAUCCCUCCGCCCCACACCCGUGCAGCGCACUCUGCCUCACGAGCACGCCAUCGACGGUAUACUGUUCCCCAACAUCCGCGACCGCAUGAUCCUCCUCCGUGGCAAGUACGAUUUGGUCGAAGCGUUCCACGCGUACAUUACCGAGUUUACGCUUCACGGCGACGAUGCGCUCGACCACCGUAACUGGGAAGCGUCGGACAAGUUCCUCAAGGACUUUGCGAUCCUCGUCGACGACGAGGUGUACAGCGUCACGAACAAGUGGCGUGCCACGCGCGGCCUGCCUCCCCUCGUCCGUGGUCCCGACUCGGGACACAACCUUGGCAACGGCCUGGGCACGGGCGCGGGUCUCGCUACCGAGUUUUCCAGAGCAUUAGACCCAGUGUCUGAGGGACUGGGUUUGCCUUGA